CAAGCUGCACCCUGGGCGCCCUGUACUGGGCCUGUUUCCGCAAUGACACUGCCCAGCUCCAAGCCAUGCUGGAUGAUGGGGUCUCCCCAGAGGAGGCCACCCAGGUGGACAGCAAUGGGAGGACAGGCCUCAUGGUCGCAUGCUACCAUGGCUUCCAAAGUGUUGUGGCCCUGCUCAGCCGUUGUCCUUUCCUGGAUGUGAACCAGCAGGACAAAGAAGGAGACACAGCCCUCAUGCUGGCUGCCCAAGCAGGCCAUGUGCCUCUGGUGAGUCUCCUGAUCAACUACUAUGUUGGCCUUGACCUGGAGCGCCGGGACCAGCGGGGGCUAACUGCGCUGAUGAAGGCCGCCAUGCGGGACCGCUCCGAAUGCGUGGCUGCCCUCCUCAUGGCAGGUGCUGACCUGACUGCAGUGGAUCCUGUCCGGGGCAAGACAGCCCUGGAGUGGGCAUUUCUGACCGACAGCUUCGACACGGUGCAAAGGAUCAAGCAGCUGCUGCGGCGGCCCCAAGUGGAGCAGCUCAGCCAUCAUUACCAGCCUGAGUGGCCAGCCUUGCCCGGGCUUGUGGCCCAGGCCCAGGCUCAGGCCGCCCCGUCUUUCCUAGAACGACUUCAGGCCACCUUGAGCCUCCCCUUUGCGCAGUCUCCUCAGGAGGGGGGUGUCCUGGACCACCUUGUGACCGUCACGACCAGCCUGGCGAGUCCUUUCCUCACCACUGCCUGCCACACCCUGUGCCCUGACCACCCACCUGCACUGGGCACCCGAAGCAAGUCUGUGCCAGAGCUGUUAGGCACUGCCCCGCCCCCUCCCCCAGUACCCCAACUUCCCCAGGAAGUCCCUGGCCCCCGGGUCUUCAUCCCCUACCAGAGCCCUCAGGGUGUAUUGAGCAUGUGCCAUCAGUGGCUCCAGCCCAGAGAUAGUACCAGCCUCAGGCCCCAAGCCCCUAAGAUCCUCCUCUCCAAGGCACCCUCAUCUGGCAUUCAGUGGAAGCCAGAGCCCAGGUCUGCAGGGAAUCGAAGGCUGUCCCUUCCUGUCUGGAGAUACCAGGAGCUCAGGAUGGAGAGGAGGAGGCAGGAGGAGGCCAGGUUGGCACAGAGCCAGGGGAUGCCGGGAUAGGCCGGGCUGGGAACAGGUAAUCAGGCCCCUCCCUGAGGCUCCUUUGCCCUCUAGAGCCCCUUCUGCCUUCCCAUCCACCUCUGUCAAAGUGACUGUACUCUCAGCCUGUGUACAAGGUUAUUCAUACUGCAUCGUAUGCAACAAUGAAAGAGUGGAAACAACCUAGGUGUCCAUCAAAAGGGGACUGGCUAAAUUGAUUCUGAGUGUAAAUGCUGCACACCCGUAUGAUGUAUUCUAUACAGUGGCAAAACAAGAGUAAGGAAGCUCUUUAUGUUCUGAUGUGAAACUAUCUUCAA